AAAUUCUCUCUCUCUAAAAACUCAGUCACUCUCUCAAAUCGCCAUUAUUAGGCGGGUUUUACCGUCAUUGCCCACAAAUUCUCUCUCUCUCUCUCUCAGGUGGUUUUAUUGUUUUUCUCAUUUUUGACUCCAUUUUCGAAGUCGUCUUCGACGAUUUUUGAUCGCUCUACUGUCUGUGUUUCCGAGGGCGUAAUUCCUCAUUCUGCAGAUCCUCUGCGUCAGAUUCUGUGCGCUUUUCGCCAUUAUCGAGCGUCAAAGCUUCAAUCAUGGCGGUCGUCACUCGCUUUUAAGCCCUGAAGUGCACAGAGCAACUCGGGAACUGUAUCUGCAGGGCGUAAACGAUCGUCCGAUCAAGAGUUUAAAUCGGAACCGUUGGAUGGAGCUUCUUUAACUCGGAUCAGGUUGAAGAGAACUGAAACAGGGAAGGAGAGGUGGUGUAGACCUUUUGAUAGACUCAUAAAUUGGGUGGCCGUCAUAAAGCUUAUCUUUUGGACGUGAGGAGUGGGAAUACAUUUGAGGCAAAAGAGAAUGGGAGAGGAAAAGGAAAUGGAAAAGAAAGAAAACAAGCAGGACAAGAAAGUCAAGUCCGAGAAAGCAAUUACAGUGGUCCUUAAAGUUGAUAUGCACUGUGAAGGCUGUGUUAAAAAGGUUAAAGGAUAUCUCAAAGGAAUUCAAGGAAUUGAAAAUGUGAAGGCAGAUAUGGGAGAGAACAAGCUCAGUGUCACUGGAAAAGUUGACCCUGUAUUGGUGUAUGAGAAAGUGAAGAAGAGUGGGAAGAAAGUUGAGCUUGUCUCUCCUCUGCCUCCGAAGAACAAAGACGGGAACAAAGACGGGGACAAGAAAAGCCAGGGGGAAAACAAGGGAGCAGAGAAGGAACAGAAGCAGAAGAAAGAACAAGUGAAGACCGUGGUGUUAAAGAUUAGAUUGCAUUGCCAAGGCUGUGUUCAGCAGAUUAAGAAGACAGUCUCCAAGAUUAAAGGAGUGGACAGCGUGGAUCUGGACCUUCAAAAGGACAAUGUCACUGUGAAGGGCACGAUGGAGGCCGCCUCUUUGGAGGCGGAGCUGCGGAAAAGACUCAAAAGGGCUGUGGAGAUCGUGGACCCGAAGAAGAAAGACGAGGGCAAAGAAGGAAAAGCAAAGAACAAGAAGGGGGAGAUGGGAGAGGGUGAAAAAGACAACAAUGCCCCUAAAGAUGGAAAUGCCCCUAAGAAAGACGAAAAGGUCCCGGCGUACGUGAUCGAGUACAUCCACCCCCCUCAGCUCUUCAGUGACGAGAACCCUAAUGCCUGCUCCAUUAUGUGACUGGGAGGGGCUGCCCUGGAUCUUUUCUUAAAAUGACUGAAUUACCCCUGGAAACCCUUGCCCCUUGACUCGUAGGACUAUGAUUUUUUUUGAGUUUCUUUUUUUGUGACAAGUGAAGGGUAGUCCGCGGGAAGCAUGGAAGGCAGCUCAGCUGCAAGAGUUUAAGGGGCAUUUUGGAUAGCAUAAGGAUUGAGGGGGGUGAUUUUGUCAUUUUAAGAAAAUAGCUGUUGGGCACAGGAAAGAGCCCCAUAGUUAAGGCUCUUUUUGCCCUUCGUGUUUUUUUCUGCCUAGAGGUACGAAUUGCUUGAAAGCUGCUAUUUCUUUAUCCCUCUUCUGUUUUUCAUCAGGAUCCAAUCGAAUGCUUUUACACGCAAACGGCUCCUGAUUGGCGCGCUCUCUAUAUAUGUGGCGCAUUUCAUUUCAUGCAACGGUGAUCCAAUCGAAUUCUUUUACAGUCAAA